AUGGAGUUCCUGGAGAUUGGGGGCAGUGAAUCUCUGCGUUCCUACUGGAAGAUGUACCUGCCCAAAGUGCUGUUGCUCAUCUAUGUCGUGGACUCGGCUGAUCAUGCCCGACUGCCUGUGGCGAAACAGCUGCUUCAUCAGCUGAUCCAGAACAACUCCACCCUGCCGGUGGUGGUUCUGGCCAACAAACAGGACCUCGAAGGUGCGUAUUGCAUCACUGAUAUUCACGAUGCUCUGGCACUAUCUGAUAUUGGGGACGAGAGGAAGAUGUUCUUGAUUGGUACCCAUGUGGCAGAAGAUGGCUCCGAGAUCUCCUCCAGCAUGAAGGAUGCCAAGGAGCUCAUAGCACAGCUGGUUCUGGAAACACAGAUUGUGUGGGGAAACCAAGAGACCCUCUGGACUGUCCCGCGAGGUGCUGUGACAGCUCGGCCGUCCCCAAGAACAGCAGCACUGGCCAAGCCCAAAAAAGAUUUUGGCAAGCACCGGUGCAGGUCAGUGAUAGGGACUCGUCCCCCACUAGUGGAUUUUGGCUUCCCUUCUGAUCGGCUGCUGAAGUUGUCUGAACCUAAACAGGACCCUGUUGCCUACCUGCAGCAAAGACCUCACCAGUCCCCUCAGUGGCCCGUGUCGCCAGCUGCACUGAACUGUAAGGCCACCCCACGGAUCCUAGAGCUUUCCCGGCCAAAGGCGGUGCACCCAGAUUUCAUGCUGGCCAGAGAGGUGCCAACACAGGUUACACAUGCUGCAAUCUCAGCCAGAGCAUCCUCACGGUUACAGUGUCUUGCAGAGCCCCGGGUCAGGAAGGUGACCUGCUGCUAUGAUAACAGCUUUCCUGAGUCUGUCAUCCGUCCGGUUUCCCUGUUGGCUCAAAAGGCAAUUCCAAGCCCUCGGACCCUGGAGCUGGCUCGGGCAAAAACAGUGCAUCCUAACUACAUACCCGUGCGGGAUGCUGAGUGGCCAGUGACAAAGGCAGCACAGCAUGCAGUGGCCACACCGAGGAUUGUGGAACUGGCCCAGCCUUGCAAAAGGCCUUCUAUGAACUUUGUUCAACUCAAUCUAGACGCAUUCACAGUGAAGGAGUCUGCUAUGAAGGCGACUUGUUCUGCAAGGAUCCAAGAGCUGGCUCUUCCCAUUAAGCGUUGA